GUUGACGUUGAGUGGGUUACAUGUUAACACAGGACUGUUGUAAAUACAAGCUCCGUUGUUUGAAAUGGUCCGUCUGAAUUGAAGCCGUUUUCCUUGAAGUGCUUGGACUUUGUUUGCCUUACUGACGGACGUGAACAGCCUGAACCGUCGCUGAAAGAGCGAAAAUCUGAGCAUUUAUUGAGGGAGCUGCACCUUAACCUUGGGAUAUCAAAGAGAAGGUUCAACUGCACACACAGGUAGCAUACAGAGUGAGUAUGCUAGAUUGAUAGACAGGUACGUGCUUUGGGCACAAAACAAAAGUGCCUUGUUAUCUUCCAUGAUGAGUAACUCCAGCUACUUUGAGACAAAGUCUAAACAGAAAGAUGGGAUGACCGAUGGCGUGGCCGACCUCCCCAGCGGCCCUCUGGACCUCUACAGGAAGAAAGCCUCCUUCAACUGGAAGGAGAUGCUGCUGUUCAUAGAGGGAGAGGACAUACUUGCAUUCAAGCAACAUGUGUUCAGGACACUGGAGAACGAUCCCCUCUUUGCCCGUCAACCUGGUGAAGAUCUUUCUCUUGAGAAGAUGAGAGAGUUAACGUUCCUCAGAACGAAGCAGCUUUUCCGCUACAACUUCCUGACACAAGACGAUGUGAUGGCGAACCCAUGGAAGACAGUGAUCCUCAACGACUGUCUGGGCAUGUAUGACUGGUCGCUCGGCGCCAAGUACUUCCUCAACAAAGGGAUGUUUGGGGCAACUGUUGCCAACUCAGGAUCAGAGAGACAUGCCGAGUUUGUACAAAAUACUGAACAUAUGAAGACAUUUGGAUGUUUUGCACUGACUGAGCUGAGCCACGGCAGCAACACCAGAGCCAUGAGGACGACGGCCACCUAUGACCCCAGCACUCAGGAAUUUGUGAUCAACUCUCCGGACUUUGAAGCUGCCAAAUUCUGGGUGGGCAACCUGGGUAAGAUGGCAACCCACGCUGUGGUGUUUGCUCAGCUCUACACCCCUGAUGGAGUCUGCCAUGGCCUGCAUUCCUUUGUCGUUCAGGUAAGAGAUCCUAAAACCCUGCUGGCUAUGCCUGGUGUGAUGGUUGGAGAUAUGGGCAAGAAACUGGGCCAGAACGGACUGGAUAAUGGGUUUGCUCUAUUCCACAAUGUGAGGAUCCCGCGGGAGAAUAUGCUGAAUAAGACCGGAGAUGUCGCACCCGAUGGGCGCUAUGUCACACCAUUUAAGGACCCCAACAAGCGUUUUGGGGCGUCGCUGGGUGCCCUGUCCGGUGGCAGGGUAUCCAUCUCCAGGAUGGCGGUGACCAACCUGAAGCUGGCCAUGACAGUGGCUAUUCGCUUCUCAGCCACCAGGCGACAGUUUGGACCCAAAGACACCGAGGAGAUUCCUGUUUUGGAGUACCAGCUGCAGCAAUGGCGUCUGAUCCCCUACCUGGCUGCAGUGUAUGCUCUCGACCACUUCUCCAAAUCCUUCUUCAUGAACUUUGUUGAGUUUCAGAUCGGACAGAUGAUGAAGGACAAGAGUGACAGACAAGCGGAGUUUGGGAGGGAGAUUCAUGCCAUCUCCUGCUCCAGUAAGCCACUGGGCUCGUGGACCGCCCAGAGAGGCAUCCAGGAGUGUAGGGAAGCCUGCGGUGGACAUGGAUACCUAGCUAUGAACAGGUUGGGUGACAUCCGUAAUGACAAUGACCCAAACUGUACCUAUGAAGGUGACAACAAUGUCUUGCUGCAGCAGACAAGCAACUACCUGCUCAGCUGGGUCCACGCCAAGCACCACGAUGGCGCGCCAAUCGAGUCUCCUCUCGAAACCGUUAAUUUCCUGGAGGAUUUCAACAAGAUCCUGGCAAGCAAAUUCACAGCAACAACAAUGGAGGAGUGUAUGGACUCUGCAGUACCUUUGGCAGCCUACAAGUGGCUUGUCUGUUUCUUACUGGACGAGAGCCAGAGGAGGCUAGGAGAGCAGAAGGCUUCCAGCAAGGACGACUUUGAGGCCCGCAACAACAGCCAGGUGUACUACUGCCGUUCUCUGUCCAUUGUCUACAUCGAACACAUUGUCCUUCAGAGGUUUCAUGAGCUGACCAGUAGCCCAGACACACCAGCUGGCCUCAGACCAGUACUGAGACAGCUGUGUUCCCUCUAUGGGCUCUGGAGUCUAAGCAACCACAUGGCCACACUGUACCAGGGAAGUUAUUUCUCUGGAAGGAAGCCAGCAGAGAUGAUCCAGACUGCUAUUCUUACUCUUUGCUCCCAGCUCAAGGACGAGGCGGUAGCAUUGGUGGAUGUUUUUGCACCUCCUGAUUUCAUCCUCAACUCUCCUAUUGGCAAGGCUGAUGGAGAGCUGUACAAGAACCUGUGGGCGACGGUGAUGCAGGGCAGUAAAGUGCUGGAACGUCCGUCUUGGUGGAAGGAGUUCUGUGCAGACAAGCCUGUGGUCGGAUCCCUGCGAGCCAAACUCUAGAAGCCUGGACAAACUCUGGAUACCCGCAACACAACACAGUGUCUCUAUUACUGACACGUAAAUCAUAAACAAACUAAAAACUUGUAAUAUAAUAAAACAUAGAUUUACUCUUGUGCCUGUAACGGGUGGAUUAAUCAUGAACAUUGUAAAUGUACAACAGGAAAAGCCAAAAAUCACAAGUAGCACUUUCUGUACCCUCUCCUUAAAGAGGCUACUUCAACACUUCUGUUUGAUGUGACCAGCUCCUGGGGAUUUCAAUUAUAAUGUAGUAAUUUUUUGGUGCAAAUUGCCUAAAGGUGAAGCUGACACAAACCUUCUAUAUGCUCAGAAGAGAAGGCACACACUUACCUAAAAGUGUCCAAGAGACAGCUCCUACCUGUAAUUAUUGCCUUGGCUGAGAGAUGUCAGUGUUCAUAGAUAACUGCUUGAAAUUAAGUAUGAAUUCUGUUGUCACAUUUUAAUCCUCACCCUCUCACUUUUUCUCCUUUGAAACAAAAUAAUGCUAUUUUACUGAAGCAAACAGUUUUUACAGUACAGUGCAAUCAGUAAUAGUAGGGCCGUGCCUUACUUCUGUUUCACAAAUCAGUGCCUUUGGAGGAAAAUAUUCAGGAAUUUUCAAAGGGGCUGACCCACGAACCUGGGAAAUUUUCCAUGCUAACACAAAUGAUCUUUGCUGCAACAAAAAAGAAAUCAAAUAAUUUAACAAAGAUCUGGAGCUUGAUGGAUGUCAUAGUUUUGAUGAAGGAUUUCACUGUUGGUUAAUGUGUCAUAUCUGUGAUACAAUAUUUGGAUUUAUGUAUCAUAACUGUGAUACAGCAUUUAAUUAAAUAUGUAGUUGUAUUAUAGAUUACAGUAUGUACAUUGUGGCCGUCCCCUAAUAGUUGACAAAACUAAUCUGCAGUGCAAAACUUUGUCCCGCCAUCCCAGAGUCACUUUUUCUCAAAAUUUUGCAACACUGUUCCUGUUAGUGAUGCUAUGCCUGAUCAGCCACCAGAUGGCACCACUCUGGUGGGAGAAGGGGACCAAUUUUUUUUUUUUUUUUUUUUAUCAUUUACAAUGGUUCAUUCAUGGACAUUUUUGACAUUUGGGUUGAUAUUUGAGACCAUUGCUGCCAGUUUCAAUUAUCCAUUUGGGAAACCUGUCCGCCCCAAAGUAUUCUAAAUGUCAGAUUUCAUUCAUCGUUUACGUUACGUACCUCGGAAUGCGGUAGCCACGUUUCCCAGCAGGUUUCCCAAAUGGACAAUGGCAAAUGUAAGAUAUACUCCCAAAUAUAGGUAAUCUGAUUGUCAAAAAUGUUUUGUUUGUCACUGAACUCCAACCACCCCAUUAAAAAUUACUGCAAUAAAACAAAUGAACGCACUUUACAUAUCUAUCUCCAAGAAGGUGACAUACACUCUGCAUGCAAAGAUUUGCAUAUCAUUCGUCAACCUAAAACAUGACUUAAAACGUUUAAGUAGCCCAACGUAGCCACCUUGCACGGCUGCUCUGGGUAGCCUUGGUAAAUAAAUCCUCAGUCUCCAUGCUGGUUGUUCUGACACAUUCAGAGACAUUACUGCUUUCGUCGCUGUCUUUAACAGGGUGGCUCGCUUCAUGCAUGCACUUGUAAAAUUAAAAAUUUAAUGGCUCAUUAUUACGGAUGUGUAUUUCUGUGUAAUGUAGCACAGUGUUAAAAAUGUUUCUUACAACAUCCUUUCACAGCCCCGGAACUCAGACCAUUCUUUGGUGCCCUCAAAAAUAUACCUAUAUUUAAGGAAUUAAAUUGAUAUCACAUGAGCGACUAGUGACUUGAGCUAACAGUUACUAGUGGACUAGGUAAAUGUUUGGUUGGGGGCGGCCCUAGUGUACAUAUGUGGAAAGACUGAUACAAUCUCACAAUUCUUGUAAUAAACUGCUGUGUCUUGAUAAAACUUGUGAAAUACAAAUAAAAUAAUUGUUUUAUAAUAACACUAA